AUAAUGACGUGUGUAGCUGAACAGCCCAGGCAGGUUUAGAGUCUGGGGUUAAUCAAUACAACCGUUCCCUGCAGCUUCAGCGUUAUUACCCGUUUCUCCGGAGCUGCCUUACAUAGACAGCAUUUCGUCCGGAGCCAGCCGCACAGGAAUGCCGUAGGUACGCUUCUCGAGUGAGACACGGCCAUUUUCAGACCCGAACAGCGCCUGUGCUCAGGAGAGCGCGCUGAAUAGUCGUCAUGACGGAGAAACUCGGUCCUCCGGACUACAAGAAGCUGGCUCGGCUGUACUGCAUGAACGGAGGAUUUCACCUGCGGCUCGCGGCGGACGGAAGCGUGGCGGGAGCGCGAGAGGAAGACGAAUACAGCAUACUGCGCAUAAAAGCUACUAGUCCAGGAGUGGUGGUCAUUGAAGGAGCAGAGACGGGACUUUACCUCUCUAUGAAUGAAGACGGCAAGCCGUACGCUUCAUCACUUGUAACAGAUGAAAGUUAUUUCUUGGAGAGGAUGGAGGAAAACCACUACAACACGUAUCAGUCUCAAAAGCACGGUGAAAACUGGUACGUCGGGAUAAAAAAGAACGGGAAAAUGAAACGCGGUCCACGAACACACAUUGGACAAAAGGCGAUCUUCUUUCUCCCUCGGCAGGUGGACUGAGGCCUCGAACCUGAUCCUGUUUCAUCACACACAGUUACUGCUUACACUUCACUAUAAGUUCAGAAUUGUUAACAUUAGUUUUCAUUUCAUUCAUUUCAAGGACCUAAACUGACAAUAAAUUUAAAUUUUCAUUAUCUAAUGUUAGAAAAUAUAAAUACUACUGUAGAAAAAAAUACUGUAACAGAUGCACUGCUCAUUAUUAAUGCAUCAAAUAACUUUAAUUAACAUUAUUGUAAAGUGUAAGUGAAUCACCACAUGGAUAAAUGUGAUUACUCUCUACUAACUACACACGAACAACAUCUAACUCACUGUCAGACGGCUGAAUAUACAACAUAUAUGCAGACUAACAGAAUAACUGUAGUAUUUAAAUAUGCACUGACAAAGAAAGAUAUAGUAUAUAGAAAAAAUGCUAUUAUAGUAAUCUAUUUUUAUUUUUAAAUUGAGAAUAGAGUCAAACUUAAAUGACAUUUCAUGUUGUAUUUUCCUAUUGGUUAUGUAAUCGUGUGUCUGAUUGCGUUUUAUUUUUCUGUUCAUGAGCAACUCUGAAAUAUCAAUGUUAUUGUGCGGUCACUGUACCUUUAUGGAUCAUGUUACACAAUAAAUCUCCUCACUGA